UUUGUUUCAGCGUAUUUGCGGGAAUAAAUAAUGGCUGCACGUCGUGACAUUGCUCCGUUUCUACAACGUUUAAGGGCUUUUCUUUUGGGCCGGGAACACACAGUUGCGCUACGCUUCGAAGAUGGUCUGGCCGAUCGCACCCAACCACCACCAGAAAUUCCUUAUCCCGUACUGAGGUCCGAUUGCUACUAUCACGGCCGAGAUCCACGCCGUCUGGUAGCACCUCCAGUUGACUUGGUAAAGGAACAGUUGAAAAUCGCUGGUGAUACUAAACCGGCUGCUGCCAGUCGUUUGCCUACACCUGGACAAGUUUAUAAAUGGGAUUAACUUAGAUAAAUAAAAU